AUGCAUGAUUGGCUACCGGUUCACGUUUGCCGUUCGUUGGAUCGCCAUGGCUGUCCAAUGGUCCAGUUCUUCCUCGAGAACGGGAUUGCAGCUGACGGCACGCUUUUCUACUUGGGAGAAGAUGGCCGUGUGCGAGAGGAAUGUUGGGACGACAUCUCGUUGAUGCCCGGCUUUCAUAGCCUAGAGUACAAGGGCGUCCUGUGGUUUCCCUACAUCCAGGCUUUCAGAGCACUUAUUGAGGGCGUUUUCUAUAAAUACAGGCGUGUGGGCAACCCCGAAACAUCCGUUGCCAUAGCAGACCAGAUCUGGGAGCUUGCGGUGGGGGAAGGAAUGGCUCAAGCAGGCAGCGUGUCAAGGGCCAAGGACAGUCGUCAAGUCUCCAGGCCAUGGGACUUUGCUUUUCCCACGGCCAUUCCCACGGCCAGCCCACAUUGA